ACCAGCUUCACAGUCAGCAGCAGCAGUUGGCGUCGGUCUUUGGUCAAGUUAAUUAGUUGAGUGUUUUAUCUUUUACAAUAAAAAAAACCUUUUAUCUAUUAAUUGAAAAAAGCAUCAUGUUUUCGACGUGCCUAAAAAAUGUAUUACAUUGUGUGCUGGAUAUGUUUUAAAAUUUCAGAAGAAUUUAUUCAACUAAAAAUGAAGGAUACAUAAAACAGAAAUUUUUAUUGGAUUAUUUAUGGUUCUUAACAUAGAGAGAGAGAGAGAGAGAGAGAGAGAGAGAGAUGUAUGCUGACGAGAAUGCCGUUAUGAGUUAAAAGUUGAAGUUCAAAAGGCGCGCGCGCGGUGUAGCUUUCGAUAAUGAAGUUCAACUCAUCAAGAGGGCCACCACCACCUGCUGUUGAUAAUAUAAAAAGAGUCUGAGGGGAAUGAGAGAAUAUGGAAUCUAAUAAUGAUCCAGACUGUUCAAAUGCAUUUAUUGAUAAAAUGAAGAAGAAGAAGAAGGAUGAGGAGAUGAAGAGAAAAAAGCACUAAAAACAAAAUCGCCAGCUUGUUGUGAAAGCCAUUGUUGGAAGCCCGUUGGGAGCUGAAGCCAUCGCGCGCGAACGAUGGCGGCGACCGACGGGCAAAUUAUUGUAGCUGCGGCUCGUUGGUCGGAUGAAGCAACAUAUCUGCGUGAGUUUGUAUCCAAAUAUCGUUUACCAACUGUGAUAAAAAUCACUAAAGGACAAUAUGGAGGUUUGGGUGUACCUACACUGCCAGCACCAAGUUUACAAAGUACAGCGCUUUUGUUGUCAGCCGGUCGUCGACGGAAAAUAGUAGCUCAAGCUGUUAAAAUAAAAGAAGGUCGACGUGUUAUAGGAGUUGGUCCCAGAUUAGCAAUACCAGAUUCUUAUCAGGGAUAUUUUGAAAUUUUAAGCGAAGAAGGUAGAGCAGUACGAGGCAUCGAGUCCGUUAAUGAAUUGUCACGCAAAUGUCCAGAGGAGGGAGCAUUGGUGCGAGAAACAAUAAGAGGCAUUGCUUGUAAAAUUGAGGACGAAACUAUCAUUGUUGCAGAAGGAAGCAAAACAAUUAUUACAGGUGAAACAUUGUCAGUUGCUGGAGAGGUAACAAUACCUGGUCGAGGAAAAUUUUUACGGUGCGUCGAUUCACAUGGCGAUAGUGUAUUAUUUAGUAUGGAGCAACGGUGUCGUUUUAGCGCAUUGGCUCGUGAAGACAAUAUUAGUGGCGUUCAUACAGCUAAAGCGCUUUUAAGUAAACGAUUACCACUGACUGUCAGACUAGUCCAUGGCCAACCACCAAGAGGUCUUAAAUCUUCUUCGCAUUUUCUCCCCGAAUUAAGACUACUUUCUACUUUUGAGGAAGAACAUGUGUUUGCUCUACCGCUACAGAGUCAUAGUAGAGGAGGUGAAAACGCUGUAGCUUUGCCAUUGGCAGCACCACUUAAAUUGGUUAAAUCGAGAAAUGAAGAAGCUCUCAAGGUAAUGCCUGAAUUGACCAGGUUGGUCGAUCGAGCUACACGUCUUGUUGCUGAUGUUGCUGACAAGGCUCAUGUUUUAGAUGGUCGUUUAGGUGAUGGCAAAUCAAGACAGUCAAGAAAUAAUGGUUUUCUUCGUAGAUCCUCCAGUUCAGAUAGUGCUACCAAUAAUAAUAAUCAUCAUCAUCAUCAACAUCAUCAUCAUCAUCACCAUAAACAUAAUCAUCAUCAACAACAGCAACAACAACAACAACAUCAUCAUCACCACUAUCAUUAUUACCAAUCUCAUCAAACAACAACAACCAGCAAUCCUGCUACAACAUGUUAUCGAGAUGAAAAUCGAGUUCCUAUUCCUACUACUGAAGAAUACGAUGAGAUUGAUCAAAUAUAUGAUUAUGUUAGAGGCUUUGCACCGUUACCAAAAAGUGUUGGAUCAUCCUACAAGAGUCAACAACAACAACAACAACAAAUACGUUGCAAUGCUCCAUCAUCUGCAACAACAACAACAACAACAACAACAUGUCCUUCUCCACCAUUAUUAACGCUACAACAUUCUCCUUCACCACCACCUCCUCCUCCUUUACAUAAUUCUACUUCCAUUGCUUCUGCUGCUGCUGCUCUUACUCCAUUGCCAACUUUUACUUCCGCUCUUGCUCCUAAUCCAAUCACUGUAACGAUUGCAUCAUCAUCAUCAUCAACACUACCAUCACCAAUAAUAGUGGAUGAUCGACCGGAACCACCACCCAUUGAAACAAUACCGACUAAAAUUAAUAGAAAUCACGCUGAGAAAAGAACAAGGCGAACAGAAGCACAACCACCAAUACCCAGAGUGGAAAAACCUCCUUUGGCCAAGCUUUAUAUUAAAAAUGGUACACAAAGAGGUGGUCGCCCACUUUUAAAGAGUAAUUCCCCGAUUAAAGAAACAACAUUACCAAGUUUUAAAAGUGGCUCACCUCUUUUUAACAUUCGAUAUAAGAGUUUAACAAAUCUUCAACAAGCAAUGGAACUAGAUGGAACUCUCGACUCGAGUCAUUCUGGUGGACGUACUUCUGGAGAUUCUGGAGCUAAACUUCCAGAGAAAAGGUCACGUCGUCUAAGUAGACCACGCUCUCUUACAAACCUUGUAUGGGAACUUCGAAGCGGAAAUAAUUGUGCCAGAACUGAAACAUCAUUAUCAAAUAAUAUUGCUUCAUUAAUUCCGCCAUCUAAAUGUGGACAACGUCUCGCUGUUACUGUUAUGUCACCCAGACGUAUUGGUACUCUAUAUCUUUAAUUUGUAAGUUUGUCCGUUCGAUAUUAUAUAACAUAAAGAAACAUUAUUAUAGUUGACAUGAUGAGUAGAUUUUAUAAACUUGAUGAGAAAAAGUUGAAAAAAAUGACAAGUCACGAAUACAAAAUAAUAUAUUUUUAGACUUUUUAAGAAA